UGAAGCUGAUGACAGGCAGAAAGCAUGUAGCUAGAGUGCCGAAUUCCACUUGUUUUAACGGAGUUAUUUUAUUUAGAUUUAACAGUCGUUAUACGUAGCCAUCCUCACUUAACGCAUAGGCAAGCUGGACAGAUAGGCAUCGUUAACUGAUAUCACCAGUAGUUAACUACCUUACUCGUUGGGUGCAUAUUUAUGAUUCUGGUGCACUGUCUUCUUUUUGUGAAUAUUUGAACUGCGUUGCGUUGGAUAUUCAUUCAUGUUGGUUAGCGACAAUGGAAGAACCGUGGAUCGGCGACUCCAGCAGAGGCGGCGCAGUUAGGGUGCUCUGGCCGCUUCUUCUCGCCUGCCUGGCGGCCCAAGUGAUCGGGUACAAGCCGGUGAUCGUCGUGCACGGGCUUUUCGACGGCUCCAGCGAUUUUGUCAACUUACUUCGGUUCCUCUCUCAGACGCACCCAGGCACCAACGUGUCGGUGAUCGACCUGUUCGACCGCGCCUACAGCCUACAGGCCCUCUAUGGAAACAGAGUGGAGGGCUUCAAGGAGGCCAUCUAUCCCAUAAUGCAAAACGCAGCUGAUUGUGUUCACUUCAUCUGCUACUCCCAAGGUGGACUGGUGUGCAGAGGAAUCCUCUCCACUCUCUCUGAUCACAACGUGAACUCCUUCAUUUCCAUCUCUUCCCACCAGCGGCCGGUCACGUACGGAGACACGGACUACCUGAAGUACAUCUUCCCACAGUUCGUCAAGUCAAACCUCUUCCACCUGUGCUACACCUCCGUCGGACAGAGAGUCUCCAUCUGCAACUACUGGAAGGACCCUCACCACCAGGACAUGUACCUGAACAGCAGUGACUAUCUGGCCCUCCUCGACGGCGAGAGGCCCAAUCCAAACGCAACAAUGUGGAAAAAGAACUUCCUGCGUAUUAAGAGACUGGUCCUGAUUGGAGGACCAGACGAUGGUGUCAUCACACCCUGGCAAUCCAGUCAGUUUGGAUUUUACGAUGCCAACGAGACAGUUGUUGAGAUGAAGCAGCAGGAUAUAUACUUGAGGGACAUGUUUGGUCUGAAAACCCUGGAUGCGCGUGGGGACCUGGUCCAGUGCGUGUUCCCCGGAGUGCAGCACACCAUGUGGCACUCCAAUGAAACUGUGUUCACUGCCUGCAUCCAGAAGUGGCUCACCUAGACAGAACCACACACACACGCGGGCAGAUUUUAACAAGGGAAAUUCACACAUGUAAACUUCUGCUGAGGGA